AUGGCAAUGUUUCGUGUCACUGAACGCUUCUUCUGGAAUGACACGGAAGGGAUUCGGGAAGACCUCCUCCAUGGGAAUUCCUCUGGUGGGUGGGAGGAGGAUACAGAGUGUAACUACUAUGCCAUGCUGUAUUCCCUGCUCAUCCUGGCCAUCGUGUUUGGCAACGUGCUGGUGUGUCUGGCUGUGGUGCGAGAGAGGUCCCUCCAGACCACCACCAACUACCUGGUGGUGAGCCUGGCUGUAGCUGACCUGCUGGUGGCCUCGCUGGUCAUGCCCUGGGCUGUCUACCUGGAGGUGGUCGGAGGGGCGUGGCUCUUCAGCAGGAUGUACUGUAACGUCUUUGUCACCCUGGAUGUCAUGAUGUGUACCGCCAGCAUUCUCAACCUGUGUGCUAUCAGCAUCGACAGGUACACAGCGGUGGUGAUGCCUGUCCUCUACAACACCACACACAGCUCCAGGAAGCGUGUCUCGGCCAUGAUCGCGACAGUGUGGAUCCUGGCCUUCGCUGUCUCCUGCCCCCUUCUGUUCGGAUUCAACACAUCAGACGACCCGACGGUGUGCUCCAUCUCCAACCCUGACUUUGUCAUCUACUCGUCGGUGGUGUCCUUCUACCUGCCCUUCAUCGUCACCCUGCUGGUGUACAUCCGCAUCUACAUCUUCCUAAGGAAGAGGAGGAAGAGGAUUGCCAUCCGCCAGGGCAGCAGCGGGAAGGUCCAGCCAGUCCAGACCCAGCCCUCAGCGGAAAAGUGUCUGCAGGAGGAGUCCCCCAAGGAGAACAGAGAUCUGUCCCCCAUUAGGAUCAAAGUGGAGAGUAUAGAGCCGGCAGGGCCCCCUAAAGCUCACCUACUGUCUGGGUGUCUGCGGCGUAAGCGUCCCCGAACGGCCCCUGUGGAGAACACACUGCUGCCCCCGGUGGACAUCCAGAACUACUGCAGCAUCAGCCACGCCUCCUGCGGCCGCACUGAGCACGACCUCGCCGAGAUAGAGGUGAAAGAGCGUAUUCCUGUGCGGAGGAGUUGUGAGGUCAAGGAGCUGUCCAAUGGACGCAUUCACACGGCACUCCGUCCCGCCCCCCAGUCCCUGACCAGCCAACAGCAACAUCGAGUCAGGAGCAUGCAGAACAGGGAGAAGAAGGCUACGCAGAUGCUGGCCAUUGUGCUUGGGGUGUUCCUGAUCUGCUGGCUGCCGUUCUUUGUGACUCACAUCCUGAACACCCACUGCAGGACGUGUCGUAUUCCCCCGGAGCUCUACAGCGCCUUCACCUGGCUGGGCUACGUCAACAGCGCCCUCAACCCCGUCAUCUACACCACCUUCAACAUCGAAUUCAGACGCGCCUUCAUCAAGAUCCUCAGCUGCUGA